AGAUCUUAACGGGAUGACGAUAUUGCUUUUACAAAGGUUAAGAUCCGUAGAUAUAUACAGAGUUACUGAUGGGUCUUCUCGUGUAAGCUAAGUCACCAGAAAGUACCGCCUGACAAUUUUAUUUCCGGGUAAUAAAAUUUUUUAUUGACGCAUGCGCUCUGGAUGUACACGUUUAAAAACGACAGCGCGAAAAUGCAGUGGUCACUGUUAAAGGAAUCUCCGACCUUUUUAUAUGAGCUCAGCCGAAGGCGUAGGUAAGUAGUUACAUUUAGCUAGCUGUUUCUGUACGGUUAAAAACAUGAAGCCUGCAAGAGGUUCAAAUCGGCCAUCAACUAAAGCCCCUAACCUGAAAAAGAAAAAGAAAACAGGAAAGGCACCGGGAUUUACCACAAAUCAGGACCAAGAUCAAAGUGAGGAUGACGAGAUCAUCCACUCAAAACCACCUAGGAGGAGAAAAGGGUCAAGGAAAACGAAAGUCCAGGACAGCUGGAAACAGAUGCCUGCGUCCACCAUCACUGCUGUGGAGAACAUAUUGGACUUAUCCAUACUAGCAACUCUUGCUUUGGAGCGGACAGAGAAGAAAGAGAGCCUGGAACAUCUAAACAUCAUUAAAAACAGGUUUUUAGCUCGUUGUGCACAGCUUAAGGUUCCAGUGCAAAAACAAAAAGAUUUGGUUUAUUCAUCUCAACGCCUUCAGGAGGAGACCAAGAAGUCUGUGCUUGGAAAGACAACGCUGAACUCCCUGGAGGAAGACUUAAAGGCUGUUGUCAGUGUGCUGGAAAGGACACAGGAGCAGACUGAGUCUUUGCAGCGGACCUGCUCAGUGCUGAGAGAUGAGUUGGAGGAAGAAGAAGAAAAAGCAAAACAGAUUUUACAAAUAGGUGAUCGAUGUGUUCUCAAGCUUCCGUCUCUUCCUCCACAAAAAGAGGAAACCACAUUAGAGUCUCGUUUAAGGAAAAUCCUACCAGAGCGCGAUAUUGAGACAACUGCUCGGAAACUGGGCACCGUCCUGCAGGAACCAGCGCCCACCCGGGAGGCCCAGGUUCUGCUCCUACAGGUGGAGAAACAUGCUGAUCAUCUGUUCCCCUCACUGAAUGGUGGUGCAACUCGUUUAGAUGGAGUAGAAACACAUUUUUCUUAAGGCUUUUUAUACGCUAAAAAUGCUUCAAAGUCUUUUGUGAUCAGUUUGUUUUUGUGCUUAAGUUUGGCCUACAGGGCAGUAGGGCUGUCUUUGCUAGAACAUUUGUAUCUUAAAAUUAUAGUUGUUUUAAAUUUUAAACAUACAAUGUACUUGUCUUCUGCCUUUCAAGUUUCACGCUACAAAUAUAUUUACAUAAUAUACUGCAGUAUUUCAAAUAAUAAAGAUUUGCUACUUA